UUCACGCGAGCGGACGUCCCACCUUUCGGAAUCGAAGAAAAACCAACCCUCGGUAGCAACCCCCGCGUUGUUCCAAACCCCCAUUACUGGUGUCGCGAUCGUACAGAUUUUUCGCGUUUCGCUUGUCCCGGUAUCGCGAGAAGUGUCCUUGUUUUUGACCGCGUCGUGUGCCCGUCGUCGUUAAUUUUCAACUCGCACCAGCUUCUGCAACCGCCUGUGAGGAUGCUGGAAAAGGAACCGGACUCGAUGGCCGUCACCAUGAAGCAGGAUUAUGCUGCGAGUGAAGUGUACAGCACCACUAGUGAAGCACCACCCGCCUACAAAAUGCGCCAGGCGAACUCGGUGAAGAUCGCGAAGAUCAUCGCCAUCACCGUGGUGCUGUCGUCCUUCAUUCUGGGAUCGUUCAUCCUGGCCUCGUCGUAUCUGCAGGCGAAGCAGUCUUGCGAUCAAAUGCAGGCUCUCGAUGCCGUCCUGAACAAGGAGCUGAUGCUGGAAGCCAUGCAGCAGGAGCUGCCAAAAGCGCAGGCUUUGAUGCAGGACAACCUGUCGGCUGACGAGGGCACGCUGCAGACAAUCGAUCGUGACGAUGCGAAGAAACGCAAGCAGGAAGAAGCCCGCAAGCAACACAAGGAAGAUUCGGACGAGUCUACUGAUUCGGAUGACGAGGACGAUUCGUCGAACGAUGGCGAGAGCGAUGAGUCGAUGGACAUGAACAACCGUCAUCACGUCAACCUGCCGUUGGACCUGCAUCUGACCGAUCUGGCAAAUGCCAUCCUUCGGGAGAACCAGAAGUCCCGCAUGAACUGCAUCGUUGAACGACGCCGCUCGGAGGAGUUGGUUGAUGCACCACCGAAAAUGGUACGUCUCCCGUUCGGAAUGGAUCUGGCCAGCGACCCGAAGCAGCAGAAGGUCACCGGUGAGCGUAUCGCCAUCUUCUGUGAGUCUGGAAACGAGCUGAAGAACGAAGAUGCUGAGCCCGUUCGUCAGGUGUUGAUUCCGAUCCCGCCCGUCCGUACCUUUGGACCAAUCACGCACCUACCCCAACAGAUGGGACCGGGUCCGCAGACGAUCAUCCGUCAGAUGCCACGACCGAUCUUCCAGAUGUCGCUCAUGAACCCGCACCAUCAGCCACCGCAGCCUCAGCAACCGUCCCAGCAGCCCCAGCAGUUGCCUCCGAUUCCGGCUCAGAUGAUGCAGGCUCCGCAUCCCGACGCCCCCAUGGGUCGCCCGAACUUCCAUCCGUUCCUGCAGCAACUGCCCCAGAUCAUGGCCGCUCAGAUGCACCAGCAGGCACCGCCGCAACCCCAACCGGGCAUGCCACCCCGUACCGAAGUGCGCAUUCACCUGCAGCGCAUCCCCAUCCCGGAGAUCAUGCGUCCAUUCCUGCCACCGCAGAUCAUCCGCCAGCAGGCGGAACCGGAACAGCAACAGCCUUCGCAGCCGCAGCCACCUCAGCAGCAGCCCCAGCAGCAGGAGGUUCAGAUCCGCGAGAUGCCAAUUGACAUGGCUAUGCAGAAGUUCGGUAUGCCCUCGUCUGAUGAGCUGAAUGUGGCCGACUUUGCCGCGCAGAAGUUCACCGAGCAGCUGCGAUCGCUGAUCGCCCGCAUCGCUGAUUCGGAGGAAAGCGACGAGGAAACCGACUCGUACCGUAACGCCCCGAACCAGGAAGGUCCUUCGCCGCACUCGGACGAACGUGAGCUGCAGGAGCAACAGCCACCGCGCCCGACCGAACCGGAAAUGGUGCACCAGGACGAACAGGAGCCUGCCCAGCAGCCGGAACAGACGCCCGAACAAGCGCCCCAGCAGCAACCGGAACCGCAACCGAUGCUCCCGAUGGGACGGAUCCACUACGGUCGCAGCCUGCUGACGCCGAUCAGCCUGCCCGGCAAGGUCGUCGAGACAUCCGCCUCCGAGGAGGACGCCGUGCGCCCGCACUACGUCCAACCGCGAUCGGUUUAAAUCGGUACAAAGCGGGCUUACCACUGCGGAGGUAAUCCCAAUCCGCAACGCCCUAUGGGCUUGUUUUUCUUCUUCUUUUGUUUAUGUGCGCCCCAAACCGCACCGUACGAAACGAACACAAACAAUUGUGCAAAUGUGAUUUUAACGCAGAAUUACCACACACCUACGGACUAGCAAAACACCACCACCUACUACCGAUACAAGGACGAAACAAGUACUACGGGACAUAAGCAGGAUCGUGUGGCCGCGAGCGAGAGGAACGCGAGACAAACAUCAGGACAAUUCAGCGAAUCUCAGCGUGGCUGUGGAGACCAGCGCGUGGGCGAUAAAGGAUAUGUACAUAUAUUUGGAUUCGGGCGAGAACUGGGAGUGGGAAUGUGGUCGGGACGUUCGCGGCACCUCGAAGGGUUUCCUACUCUAAGUGAUAAAUGGGCGCGCAUACGCACCAGGAACGGCGCGAACGUGUGAUUGAGAGAUUCCGAGGAUCAAGAUCGACCAGCUAGACGGAAAUGCAUCGGAAAAAAACUAAACAAAAAACCGACACAACAAAACAUCAUUCCAGACGAGAUGGAAACGGUUGGUUCCGUUCGAAGACGGCAAAUUUGAGCACACCGCAAGCAUUCAAAAGAGGUAGCUUCUUCCGGAUCUGCCCUAAAUUAUUACCCCUCACGAGGGUUCCAAGCGUACCAACAAAAGCAAUACACCCAUUCUAGCAGAGAGACGAAACAAGUAGACAGCAUCAACUGUACGUUACAAGCUGAUAAUAAAUCUAUAAAUAUGAUUUUAACUGCGUUACGCCUUAC